CGGUGGGCUCGCGGGGAGACGCUCGCGCGCGCAAGCGCACACGACGCGGAGCGGAGCUCGAGACAUCGAGGAGAGGAGUAAGAAGCAUCGGAGGAGGCGAUCGAGGAGGAGACGGUUGCUAUGGAAAUACAUGACCACGCAAAAGGAAGUCCAUUCUGAUAAUUCUGAUACCUGAGAUGUAACUGGACUGAAGAGUAGAAACAGGAAAAAUUUUAGUGCCAACUUUAAUUACAAUGGCCACUGAUUCAGGGGAUCCAGCCAGCACAGAAGAUUCUGAGAAACCUGAUGGAAUUUCAUUUGAAAACAGAGUUCCCCAGGUUGCUGCAACUUUGACAGUAGAAGCUAGACUAAAGGAGAAAAACAGCACCUUCUCUGCUUCUGGGGAAACUGUAGAAAGGAAGAGAUUUUUCCGAAAGAGUGUUGAAAUGACGGAAGAUGACAAAGUUGCCGAAUCAUCCCCCAAAGAUGAGAGAAUUAAGACUGCAAUGAAUAUUCCAAGAGUAGAUAAGCUUCCGUCAAAUGUGCUGAGAGGUGGACAAGAAGUUAAAUAUGAACAGUGUUCAAAGUCAGCCUCAGAAAUCUCAAAAGAUUGUUUCAAGGAGAAAAAUGAAAAGGAAAUGGAAGAAGAAGCAGAAAUGAAGGCUGUAGCUACUUCUCCUAGUGGCAGAUUCCUGAAAUUUGACAUAGAACUAGGAAGAGGAGCAUUUAAAACAGUAUAUAAAGGACUGGACACUGAAACAUGGGUUGAGGUUGCUUGGUGUGAGCUGCAGGACCGAAAGUUAACCAAAGCUGAGCAGCAAAGAUUCAAGGAAGAAGCAGAGAUGUUGAAGGGUCUCCAGCACCCCAAUAUAGUUCGAUUUUAUGAUUCCUGGGAAUCUAUAUUAAAAGGAAAGAAAUGUAUUGUAUUAGUGACUGAACUAAUGACAUCUGGGACCUUAAAGACGUACUUAAAACGAUUUAAAGUCAUGAAACCAAAGGUCUUAAGGAGCUGGUGCAGGCAAAUUUUAAAGGGGUUGCAGUUCUUGCACACUAGGACUCCUCCUAUUAUUCACCGGGAUCUGAAGUGUGACAAUAUUUUCAUCACGGGACCCACUGGAUCUGUGAAGAUUGGUGAUCUAGGAUUAGCCACCUUAAUGCGUACCUCAUUUGCUAAGAGUGUCAUUGGAACUCCUGAGUUUAUGGCUCCAGAGAUGUAUGAAGAACACUAUGAUGAAUCCGUAGAUGUUUAUGCUUUUGGAAUGUGUAUGCUGGAAAUGGCCACAUCGGAGUAUCCUUAUUCUGAGUGUCAGAAUGCAGCUCAAAUAUACCGGAAAGUAACUAGUGGCAUAAAACCAGCCAGCUUCAAUAAAGUCACUGAUCCUGAAGUCAAAGAAAUCAUUGAAGGAUGUAUUCGUCAAAACAAAUCUGAAAGGUUGUCUAUCAGGGACCUAUUAAACCAUGCAUUUUUUGCUGAGGAUACAGGACUGAGGGUGGAGUUAGCAGAAGAAGAUGAUUGCUCAAAUUCAUCCCUUGCUUUAAGACUCUGGGUUGAAGACCCUAAAAAAUUGAAAGGCAAACACAAAGACAAUGAAGCUAUUGAAUUUAGUUUCAAUUUAGAAACAGAUACACCUGAGGAAGUAGCAUAUGAAAUGGUCAAGUCUGGGUUCUUCCAUGAAAGUGAUUCCAAAGCUGUUGCUAAAUCCAUUAGAGACCGGGUGACACCGAUAAAGAAGACAAGAGAGAAGAAGCCUGCUGGCUGUUUGGAAGAACGCAGGGAUUCUCAGUGCAAGUUUAUGGGUAAUGUGUUCCCUCAGCCCCAGAAUACAACUUUGCCCCCUGCUCCCGCUCAGCAAACUGGGGCUGAAUGUGAAGAAACUGAAGUUGAUCAACAUGUUAGACAGCAGCUUCUACAAAGAAAACCACAGCAGCACUGCUCCUCUGUUACAGGUGACAAUUUGUCUGAGGCAGGAGCUGCAUCAGUUAUACAUUCAGAUACAUCAAGUCAGCCCAGUGUAGCCUAUUCCUCAAAUCAAACGAUGGGCUCUCAAAUGGUUUCUAACAUCCCGCAGGCUGAAACAAAUGUUCCAGGGCAAAUUUAUUCAUCUCAGCAACUAGUAGGACAUUACCAGCAAGUUUCAGGGUUACAGAAGCAGCCAAAGCUGACUCAGCCACAGAUUUUGCCUUUGGUUCAAGGUCAGUCCACUGUUUUACCUGUACAUGUCCUUGGACCGACAGUUGUUUCACAACCCCAGGUUUCCCCACUAACUGUUCAGAAGGUCCCACAGAUAAAGCCUGUAUCCCAACCAGUUGGAGUUGAACAACAAGCAGCUCUUCUAAAACCAGAUUUAGUUCGAAGCUUGAAUCAAGAUGUGGCAACUACAAAGGAAAACAUCAGUAGCCCUGAUAACCCAAGUGGAAAUGGCAAACAGGAUCGGAUCAAACAGAGAAGAGCUUCCUGUCCCCGACCAGAGAAGGGGACUAAAUUUCAGCUUACCGUCCUUCAGGUAUCAACCUCUGGAGAUAACAUGGUAGAGUGUCAGCUGGAGACACACAACAACAAGAUGGUCACCUUCAAGUUUGAUGUUGAUGGUGAUGCGCCAGAGGAUAUUGCAGACUAUAUGGUUGAAGAUAACUUUGUGCUGGAAAGUGAGAAAGAAAAAUUUGUAGAAGAAUUGAGAGCUAUUGUAGAUCAAGCCCAGGAGAUCCUUCAUGUCCACUUUGCCACAGAAAGAGCCAUUGGAGUUGAUUCUAUUACUGUGGACUCCAGUAGUAGCCAGACAGGGUCAUCUGAACAAGUACAGAUAAAUUCUACAUCUACUCAAACCAGCAAUGAAUCUGCACCUCAGUCAUCCCCAGUUGGUCGGUGGCGAUUCUGUAUCAAUCAGACGAUAAGAAACCGUGAGACUCAGUCUCCUCCUUCUCUUCAGCAUUCCAUGUCUGCUGUUCCUGGCCUACAUCCACUUCCUAGUCCAAAAAACACAAGUAAUAAGGAAAUAUCACGGGACACAUUGCUCACUAUAGAAAAUAAUCCAUGCCACCGUGCACUUUUCACCUCCAAAUCAGAACACGAGGAUGUGGUUGAUGGUAAGAUUUCUGAAUGUGCUAGUGUAGAAACCAAGCAGCCAGCUAUACUUUAUCAAGUGGAAGAUGACAGGCAGAUAAUGGCACCAGUUACUAAUAGUUCCAGUUACUCUACUACUUCAGUUCGUGCAGUUCCAGCUGAAUGUGAGGGACUCACCGAACAAGCAAGCAUAUUCAUACCUGUGUAUCCAUAUCACCAAACUGCCAGUCAGGCUGAUGCACUUAUGUCCCAUCCUGGCGAAUCAACUCAGACUUCUGAUAACUCUCUUACAACCCUGGCAUUUGAUCAAAAGCCUCAAACCUUAUCAGUACAGCAGCCAGCUAUGGAUGCAGAGUUUAUUUCCCAAGAAGGAGAAACUACAGUGAACACUGAAGCAAGUUCUCCUAAGACAGUCAUUCCCAUUCAGACCCCUGGCCUUGAACCAACUACCCUUCAACCCACUACUGUCCUGGAAUCAGAUGGAGAAAGACCUCCAAAACUGGAGUUUGCAGACAACCGAAUUAAAACUCUGGAUGAAAAAUUAAGAAACUUGCUCUAUCAGGAGCACAGCAUCUCUAGCAUCUAUCCCGAGAGUCAGAAGGAUACCCAAAGCAUAGACUCUCCAUUUUCUUCCUCUGCUGAAGAUACCCUCUCCUGUCCAGUGACAGAAGUCAUAGCCAUCAGUCACUGUGGAAUUAAAGAUAGCCCUGUACAAUCCCCUAAUUUCCAACAGACAGGCUCUAAGCUUCUGUCCAAUGUGGCUGCAAGUCAGCCUGCUAAUAUAUCAGUGUUCAAAAGGGACCUGAAUGUGAUAACUUCUGUACCCAGCGAAUUGUGUUUACAUGAGAUGUCCUCAGAUGCUUCACUUCCAGGGGAUCCAGAGGCCUAUCCUGCUGCUGUGUCAAGCGGUGGAGCCAUUCAUCUGCAGACAGGAGGUGGAUAUUUUGGCCUAAGCUUUACUUGUCCUAGUCUCAAAAAUCCUAUUAGCAAGAAAUCCUGGACUCGCAAAUUAAAAAGCUGGGCAUACAGGCUACGGCAGUCAACCAGCUUUUUCAAGAGAUCAAAAGUCCGUCAAGUGGAAACAGAAGAGAUGAGAUCAGCAAUUGCUCCUGAUCCCAUUCCUCUGACACGGGAGUCCACAGCUGAUACUAGGGCUUUGAAUAGAUGUAAAGCGAUGAGUGGAUCAUUUCAGCGGGGUCGGUUCCAGGUGAUUACAAUUCCUCAGCAGCAGUCAGCAAAAAUGACAUCUUUUGGAAUAGAACACAUAUCAGUGUUCAGUGAGACAAACCAUUCUAGUGAAGAAGCCUUUAUUGAAACAGCAAAGUCUCAGUUGGUAGAAAUAGAACCUGCCACACAAAAUCCAAAAACUUCGUUUUCUUCUGAGAAGUUACAAGGUCUUCAGGAAACCUGUAAAGAAAAUAAAGGAGUUCCCAAACAAGGUGACAACUUCUUAUCUUUCAGCGCAGCUUGUGAGACUGAUGUAUCUUCAGUGACCCCAGAAAAGGAAUUGGGAGAAACUUCAGCCACAGGAAGUAGCAUGCAGUCUGGAUCUGAACUGUUGCUUAAAGAGAGAGAGAUAUUGACUGCUGGGAAACAGCCUAGCUCUGAUAGUGAAUUUUCAGCCAGUCUUGCUGGCAGUGGAAAGUCAGUGGCAAAGACUGGUCCAGAGAGUGAUCAGUGCUUACCACCCCACGAAGAACAAGCUUAUGCUCAAACACAGAGUUCACUCUUCUAUUCGCCAUCUUCCCCAAUGAGCAGUGAUGAUGAAUCAGAAAUAGAGGAUGAGGACUUGAAGGUGGAGCUUCAAAGAUUACGAGAAAAACACAUUCAGGAGGUGGUAAAUCUUCAAACCCAGCAGAAUAAGGAGCUGCAGGAGCUCUAUGAACGCCUUCGGUCAAUUAAAGAUAGCAAAACCCAAUCUACUGAGAUUCCUUUGCCACCUGCAUCACCACGUCGACCAAGAUCUUUCAAAAGCAAACUUCGAAGCCGCCCCCAGUCCUUGACACAUGUGGACAAUGGCAUAGUUGCUACAGAUCCACUGUGUGUGGAGAGUAAUGCAGCAUCAUGCCAACAGUCUCCAGCCAGUAAAAAAGGGAUGUUCACAGAUGACCUACACAAGCUGGUGGAUGACUGGACAAAGGAAGCAGUAGGAAAUUCUCUUAUUAAGCCAAGUUUAAACCAACUUAAACAAAGUCAACACAAACUAGAAACAGAAAACUGGAACAAAGUAUCUGAAAAUAUUCCGUCUACUAUGGGCUACACAUCAACAUGGAUUUCUUCUCUGUCCCAAAUCCGUGGAGCUGUCCCAACUUCCUUGCCACAAGGACUCUCACUCCCUUCAUUUCCUGCGCCAUUAUCAUCAUAUGGAAUGCCUCAUGUUUGUCAGUAUAAUGCUGUGGGGGGGGCGGGGUAUCCAGUACAGUGGGUAGGAAUUUCAGGAACAACACAACAGUCUGUAGUAAUUCCCGCCCAAUCUGGGGGACCAUUCCAGCCAGGGAUGAAUAUGCAGGCAUUUCCAACUUCAUCAGUGCAGAAUCCUGCCACAAUCCCUCCUGGUCCUAAAUGAAUCAGAGUAGAUGGUGAUAAAAAGGGAGGUUUUUUCAGAAUUAUUUUCAGGACACCUAAGAUAUUAAAGUUUCUUCCUCUUG